UUUAAAAUAAAGAAAAAAAAAAAAGCCCAUUUGGAUUUUGGAUAGGAGGAAAUGGCACAAACAAAUAGCGCCUAACGUAAGGUAUACUAAACCUUUUCUUUAGUCUACGAGAGUUUACUCAUAAUUCAUUUUCGACAAGAUUGGUUGGAGACCCUUUGGCCAGCCAUGGAAGCAUCAGCAAAGACGGAUGAUGCAGGACUAGCGACGGACCCCAACGUUGGACCACCAGAGUACACCAGCAGCAACGUCAAGAAAGCCAGGCUGCACUCCACACUAGCAGCCCUUCUCGACGAUCCCGUGCUGGCCGAUGUGCCCAAGAAGCCAACGCUGUCCGAUGUCGACACUCUCAUCAGCUUGGAACUCGGCAGUGCCAUGCGCAUUUCCGUCCUUAAAUUGGACGGGACUAGCUUCGAUGUGCCGUUAAUGAACUCUGCAACAGUGAAGGACUUGAAGUUGGCUAUUCAGAAAAAAACCAAUGAGAUAGAACAGUCUAGGAUGGGCCAUCGUCACAUAUCUUGGAAGCAUGUAUGGGAAAAUUUUUGUCUUUCAUAUCACAAUGACAAGCUGCUGGAUGACAAUGCUUUACUCCAAAGCUAUGGCAUCGGGAACAACUCUCAGGUGCGAUUUAUUUCCUACAUUAUGUCGAAAGCUUCUAAGACGCAUUCCAGGAGGAGAAAGCAUCGGUUCAUGCAUAGUCUUAAGAAAAGCACAUAACCAGUAGCCAUCUCUUCCUUAUGAAUCUGGUUCUUUAUAGUUGGUUUUUGCUUCAAAUGUUGCAAGAGGAUUCCCCAAUCUGAGGUUAUAAUCUUCACUUGAGAAGUAUAAAGCCUCCAGAGUUAAUAAUGUUGGGUAAAUCAUCGCUAUUCUUGGUGCUUAAAUUUGCUAGUUGCUGCAAAUUUUGUAGUCAGUCAGUCCCGUCGCCCCUGCUGUUAUAUAUG